AUGAUGAUCUCAAUCGUACUUGCCGUCACCGUCUUGCCAGCAAUCGCCCUAUUCUGUGGAGGAAAGAAAGGAAGCGCUGAGAAGAAAGAAUCAGUCUACGAAGACUUCGUCGCAGCUGCUUCACAAACCGCCUGUAACUCCUGUGUUUCAUCUCGUAAAUGCGGCUGUAGUGCUCGUAUUGUGUCGACACAAAGCGACGCUCGCGAGUAUUUCCCACCGAUUACAGUGUUGUCAAAUAACUGA